CACAGAGUCACACUCACCGAGAGCUGAAACCCUGGAUUGCCCACGGGACACAGCUGCAGUCACACUGGCUGUGAAAGACUGAGGAGCUUCGCUGAUCCACUGACCUGCAGGAUGUCCAAAGCCUCCAGGCUGGCGCGCCCCCCCUCAUUAGGGGCCGGAUCCAAGCUGCCCUCGCCCAGGAAGGAAUGCCCUGGCACGGGCGAUCGAGCCCGGGUGCUGAGCGUGGGGGAAAAGCUGAUGAGGGCAGGUAGCGAUGGUGUCCUGAACAGACAGAAGCCUUUAACGCAGGACAAAGCACAGAGGGAGACCCAGGCUGAGACUCAGGCCUCGAGCCAGAGUCCAGGUGAGAAGGGCCAAAACAUGGAGACGGUGCCUCCUAAGAGCCGGAUCAGCCCACCUAAAGCCUCGAGCCAAGGCUCUGUGCACAAACAAACCAAAAGCAACCUGAAGGUAACCUCCGCAGAGGACGCCGAGCACGUGAGCCGCAGACAGGCCUCCCCAAAUGGGACGGCCCAUUCGAGAGGGGACGCCAAAGGCAGUCGCACUGUCCCUCGAAGGCACACGUUAGGAGGGGCCCGCGGCUCCCGAGAGAUCCUGGCCAUGCAGCCCUCAGAUAUGGACAAGAAGAGGGAGGCCUUCCUAGAGCAUCUGAAGCAAAAAUACCCCCAUCAUGCCUCAGCGAUCAUGGGCCACCAGGAGCGACUGCGAGAGCAGUCUUUACAGGGCAUGCUCUCCUCCCUCCACUCUGAGCUUGACAUUCAGAGGUACUUGAUGAAAAUCCAAUUGCCCCACACAAGCAGAAGCCCAAAGCACGGCCCUAGUCCGCAACCCGGCGUCGGCGACCAGGUCGACCACCUGUCCCUGGCCUCCCUGGAGUCACUGGACACCAUGUCUGACGUGGACACGCCCACAGGAUUCACCCGCGGCACCCGGGUCCGUGCUAGCCUGCCGGUGGUGCGAUCCACCAACCAGACGAAGGACCGCUCACUAGGUGUGCUGUACCUGCAAUACGGGGAUGAGACCAAACAGAUCCGUAUGCCUAAUGAGGUCACCAGCAUCGACACUGUCAGGGCUCUGUUCGUUAGUGCCUUCCCGCAGCAGCUCACCAUGAAGAUGCUGGAGUCGCCCAGCGUCGCCGUCUACGUCAAGGACGACAUGAGGAACAUGUACUACGAGCUCAGCGACGUCAGGAGCAUCACGGAUCACUCCUGCCUGAAGGUCUACCACAAAGAUCCAGCACAAGCGUUCAGCCAUGGGCCAAGACCUGCCAACGGGGAUGCCAGGAUGCACAGUGAGAUGGUGCAUGCCAGUCGUGAUGGCCCGCACCCUCUGAGACAGCCCCCGCUACACCACCCCAUUCAGGGAGCACUACCCCCAAGUCCACACUCCAUGCCCCCAUCCCCCUCCAGAAUCCCGUUUGGCCCACGACAGGGCUCUAUACCUGGGAGCGCUACAAUCCCAAGGGACCGAGUGUCUACCGCAAAUCCUCAGGCCCGCUCCAACUCGCCCUGUCCCAGCGCCAUCCUGGAGAGACGGGAUGUCAAGCCAGAUGAGGAUUUGGGCGGUAAAAGCCACAGUCUAACCAGGGGAAAUGAGGGGUUGUAUGCAGACCCAUACUUGCUCCAAGAGGGCAGAAUGACCAUAGCCACUGCCCACGCACCACACCCCAACCCCGGGCUUGAUGGUUCAGAUCAUGGCAUUGGCGGAUUUCACCGUGCCUCCAUCCGCUCCACAAGCUCUUACGGCAGCCCCACAGACACUAUGGAUCACCCCUCGCUCUACAGGCAGAAGUCUAGAAACAGCCAGCUGCCUACUUUGGGCUCCAAGACUCCUCCUCCAUCCCCUCAUCGGAUGGCUGAGAUACGGAUGAUUGACAUCCAUGGCGGGCCUCCUCACGGCGGGCCACCUCAUGGCGGGCCACCUCAUGGCGGGCCACCUCAUGGAGGGCCUCCUCAUGGAGGGCCUCCUCAUGGAGGGCCUCCUCAUGGCGGGCCACCUCAUGGCGGGCCUCCUCAUGGUAUGCCACCUCAUGCCGUUACCAUGGAGAGAGGCUCACCUGUGCGCCAGUCCUUCAGGAAGGAGGAAGUGGCAGGGACCAAGCCCCGGGGCAACAUGGGAUCACCUGUGGUUGCAGACCUCCAGGGUCACCUUCAGGGGCCCAUCCCACCUGUCAAUGACCAUCAGACACGAGAGCGAAUGAAGGCAAUGGAGCACCAGAUUGCCAGCUUGACUGGCCUUGUUCAGCAUGCACUUUUAAAGGGGCCAAACGCUAGUGGCACCAAGGAGCCUCCAAGUGAGAGACCACCGAAGACCUCGUCUCCUGCCCACAGCGCCCACAGCUCAGGUGGUUCCCCAGUUUUGGCUCCCAAGACCAAUGCAGCCCCAUCUGACAAGGGCUCGGUUCCUCUCAAAAUCAACCUCCUGCAGUUCAGGAAGAACGUUUCUGACCUCAGGAUGCAGCUACAUCAGAUGAGGCAGCUGCAGCUCCAGAACCAGGAGGCGCUCCGAGUCCAGCUGAAGCGGGCAGAGCAGGAGAUCAGUGUUAAACUCGCAGAAGCCAUGCGAGGCCUGGAGGACCCUGUCCAGAGGCAGAGGGCUUUGGUGGAAGAGGACAGGCACAAGUACUUAGGUCUGGAGGAGCGUGUCCUCACUCAACUCGGUGAUCUGGAGCAGUUUGUAGUGUCUCUGCAGAAAGACUCAGCAGCAACACACAGAGUUGUGACCCUGAAGGACGUGGAGGAGGGAGCAGUGACUCUGAGGAAGGUGGGAGAAUCUCUGGCGGGGCUCAAAGGAGAGUUCCCGGCCCUCCAAACCAGAAUGCGGGCUGUGCUCAGGGUGGAAGUGGAAGCUGUCAAGUUCUUGAAGGAGGAGCCUCAUAAACUGGACAGCAUGCUGAAAAGGGUCAAGAGCCUGACGGACACACUCAGCGGUCUGAGAAGAUCUGCUUCAGAGGGCCCUCAGAAAGGACCCGAUCCUUCCACUAAUGUCCCAGUGAGCAACAGCCCUUCAGCAGCAGCAUCAGCAGAACCCCCUGCAGAGGCUCCCCCUCCGUCAGCCCAGCCUGGCUCCACAUCACCCUCACUGGAGCCUCAGAGCUCCACCAUCAGAUCAGAGGUGAUGCCCUCCUCUCCGGUGGUCAUCCAUCAUGUCCAGAGCUCCCCGGUCCACAUGCAGCAGUCCCAGCAGUCUGCAGCCUUGACAGCUCAGCCGAGUCCACCGCUCACCCCCAGCCCCUCUCAGGUCCCCAGUCCCAACCCAAGCAAGGGGCAAGGCCGGGAAUCUCCCAAGGGGGCGGCCUUGGAUCCACCGAGUCCCGCCCGUCAUAAGAAGACACACGGGAACCUGGUGAAUAAUGGCAACGGCACUGCGAAUCAGGGUCUUGUCAUAGAGGAGCUCCAGAACAGUCAGGACAAGAGCAAAAGCAGAGCGAUGUCCAUAGAGGCAGCAGAGAAGGAGUGGGAAGAGCGGAGGCAGAACAUGGGUCACUAUGAUGGGAAAGAGUUUGAAAAGAUCCUCCAGGAGGCCCAGGCCAACAUGAUGAAGGGCAUUCCCAGUCUGGAUGUUGAAGAGAACCCAGGACUGCCUCCUCCUCCUCCUGCUGCUGCUGCUGCUGGAGAGCAAGCAGAGAUCCAGAACCCUGUGGAGUCACCAACAGAGCCCCAGGCUGAGCUUCAGUCUGACAAACAAGCCAAGAAGGGGCCUGAGAAGCUCCCAAAGCCUGUGAUGGAGAAACCAGCCAAGCCUGCACUGGAGAGACCCUCCAAGACUGCCACCAAGCCGGCCCCCAUCGACAUCUUUACCAAGCAGGGUUCUGAGAAGGCUAAUAAGUCCCCACCACCACCUCCUCCGAGGAAGACCUUCCCCAGCUCAAGCUCAGGCAUGACCACCACACGCUCUGGCGAGGUGGUUUACACCAGCAGGAAGGAGUCCGUCUCCACUCAGGAGGUCGAAGAUGACACUCCACCUCCCACUCCACCCCAAACCAAGCCCGCCAAGGUUCCACCAGAGACCAAGCCGAAGCCGGCCACCCCUCCACCUGUCACCGCUUCUGUUCCCGCAGAAGAGGAGGAUGAAGGGGACAAGAUCAUGGCAGAGCUCCAGGUUUUCCAGAAGUGCACAGUUAAGGAUGUAGGGGUGAAAAAUGUGGUAGAACCAACCCCUCGAAUUGAACCUCAAAUCAGAGAGCUAAGACCGGGGCCCAUAUUGCCCCUGAAAGAGAAAAAGCAGAGCUCAGAGCCCAGUCAAGAGGAAAAAGAUCCAGACACAGAUGAAAAUGGCAAUUCCACUCACCGACAGAGCCAAGGGGUCAUAUACUAUGUGACUGGCCAGAUUCCCAAAGAGCAACCACCCCCGCCUGGAACGGAGGAAGUCCCCGAACACCAAGAUCGGCCUUCAACACAGGUGUCAAAUGUCAAUGUUAAUGACAAUUCUCCAAGCCAGCAGCAGCAACAGCAGCAGCAGCAGCAACAGGAGCCCCCUCUGUCUCCGCCGCCGAAAUCACCUCCACCUAUAUCGCCUAAGCCUGUUGGACUUAAAGGAUUCAAACUUCCAAGGAAGCAAGUAAAACGCUCCGAAUCCUUGAAGACCAGCACAGAAAUGGAGAAGGGAAAAAUGCUCAACAAAAUUAACACUGAAAAGAAAAGCAAAGUCAUCAAGCUACAUGUUUCUUCAAGUAAAAAGAUAAUGUCUGAGCCUGUGGUAACCACAACGACCAGCACAAUAAGAGAGGCACCUAAAAGUUCUGGUCCUCCACCAAAAAAAGUUCCUAUUGAGGAUAUUGAUCCACCUAAAGCUAACUGUGAUGAGGGUAACGAGGAGGCCAGUCUUAGUCCUGACUUGCCUGGAGAAGAGGCACCCCCACCCCCUGACAACAUCGCAUUUAUGAUCACUAACACCAAAGUUCAGGCCCUGUCAUGUGGCGAGUACCAACAACUGGUCAAUGCCAAGAAAGGAAGCGUCCAGACUGUCACUGUAGGUAGCGCUACUAACCGAGGGAACACCACAGAGAAUUCCAGUGUGCCGGAGGAUAAUGGUUUCAACAAGAAGCCCGUCAUCAUCAUUUUCGAUGAGCCCAUGGACAUCCGCUCGGCUUACAAGCGCCUGUCUACCAUCUUUGAAUGUGAGGAGGAACUGGACAGGAUGCUCGCGGAAGAGCGUAUUGAGGAGGAGGAUGAGGAGUCUGAAACAGAGAAGAGUGUAGGGCAGCAGGAAAAAGCUGAAAGGACCGAAGUGGUUGACGGCAAAACGAUAAGCUCUUCACAAAUCACUGCGGACCAUGUUAGCUUAUCGUCCUCAUCUUCAUCCUCAAUCUCGGACAGUGGAGGCAAUUUAGAGUCAAAUGGUGACACCAAGCAGGAUGGUAAGAGGAAGUUCAAGUUCAAGUUCCCAAAGAAACAGCUGGCGGCACUUAGCCAGGCAAUCCGCACUGGUUCCAAGGCAGGCAAGAAGACUUUACAGGUGGUCGUGUAUGAAGACGAGGAGGAGGGUGACGGUACCAUCAGACAGCACAAAGAAGCAAAGAGAUUUGAGAUUGCACGCUCAAAAUCCUCAGUGGACACUACCAAGGUGACAGGCUCAUCCGGGCUGAAGAGACAGAACUCGGACUCCCAAGUCAGGACGAACGAGAUCCGGAAGAACACCUACAAGACACUGGACAGCCUGGAGCAGACCAUCAAGCAGCUGGAGACCACCAUUAGCGAGAUGGGACCACACUCCCCUGUGGAGCCAGUCGGCACAGAGGAAGCUAAGACAGGGAAUGGGAAAAGCCCAGACGGAGUGGGGCUGAAGAGGUCUUCCUCUCUCCCUACCUCCAGAGGGUCAGGCCCUAAGGUACCCAGCAAAAAUUCACUGCAGAAGAAGACUAAACCUCAGCUCCUUCCUCGCCCUGUAGUCGUCCCUACUACCACCACCACUGUCCCCAGUGCCCCCAGCACCGUACAACAGAACGCCAGUGUCGCUUCCCCUACUAGUCGGAUGCCCGUCCCUUUGUCUGCGAAGUCCAGGCAGUCGCCGGGUACUACUGACAAAGCAGGAAAACAACAAAAACUGCAGGACGCUCAGAGGCAGUUCCGACAGGCUAACGGAAGUGCUAAAAGAGUGGGAGGGGAUCAUAAAACUACUUCCCCUACUAUACCCAUCUCUAAAAUCCCCGCUUUUUAUCCUAGCUCUACUAAAGGCAGCUCCCAGUCUGCACAAAACUCAGAUGCUACUAAUCCCAUUAACCCUGCCUCUUCCUCCUCCUCCUCCUCCUCUUCCUCCUCCUCUGUGACAAAGUCCUCUAUCCUGUCCUCUCACGCUCCUCGUUCCGGUUCCCUACCCUCCUCCCACAUCCCUUCCCUGUCUAACGGAUCCCUCAAACUCCCCACAGCCUCACAGCACACAGGUAAAGCUCUCUCGUUUCCCUCGCAGACUCAGAAUGGUCGAGUGCACUCCUCCUCCUCCUCUUCAUUCUCCUCCUCAUCCUCCUCCUCCUCCUCCCCCUCCCCUCUGUCGCCCACACCUUUGGGCCCAGGUGGAAAGAGCAUCCGCACCAUACACACCCCCAGCUUCACCAGCUACAGGUCCCACAACGGCAGCAGCGGCAAAUCCUGCAUCCCAACAGCCACAGCAGCUAAGGACACUACCUAGCCCCAAUAUCGCUCCUCUGGCCUUACCGCAUAGCAGGUAGACCUGGUCAUGUGUCAUUUUAUAUCAUUCUUGUUUGUUGUUUUUGAAAGUUUUUUUUUUUUUUGUGAAAGUAUUAAGUGAUGCACUCCCCCAGUUCAUGUUUUAUUUGACACUGGCAUUCUCACACCAAUGCUUUUAUCUCCUUUAAGUUGCGUUUUCCAUUUCUGAAAAAAUACUUGGAUCAUGAUUCUUUAUUGAAGGUGUACCAGGUGUUCUGACAAAAUAUUUUAUAACUGAACUAAAAAAAAAAAAAAAGAUAUAGUUUUACCACUUUGUAGUUGAAGUGGAAGGCUCUUAUGGUGUUGAAAAUCUAUUUUUCUUGCUGUAGCUAUGAAUAGGGAUUAUAGAGUUGAUGUACAAUCACAAAUGAUCAUGUAAAAAUUGUGUUUUAUUUUUCAAACCAGAGAUUGAAUAACCAUAGUAUAUUUAAUCUUCUAUAUUUCUUAUGUUGCCAGACAUUCAACGCAGCCCUUGUAAAUGCCUUUUAUGGAUGUAUACAUAAUGUAUGCAGACAUUUUAAAGUUGAAUUCAUUGUUAACCUCUGUUUUCAAAGAGUAUUUUCUCAUUUUUUUCACCCAUAUGAACUGCCAAGUUAUUUUACAGAUGUGUAAAACUGGUUAAAUGAGUAAUACAAGUUGUUUUUUUUUUUUCUUUUUCAUUUUAGUGUGCCUAUUUGCCAAAGUUGUUGUACAAUGACUCACUUCAGGCCUAACCCAGUCACAGGAUUUAGGGGAAUUUACACGUGUGAUGGCUGAAGUGUUGACCUCAGUGUUUGUGCUGCUGGUCUCAGUUUGUUAAGUUAACAUGUAUCGUUGUCUAAAUGUAAACUGUACUAAAAACAAAGUGAUGAAAUCGGUUCUACCACAUGUACAUACAGCAGAUGCUUCUACUAAGAAAAUGAGUAGUUUUUUUUAACAUACCAAAGUUUAUUUGUAUGCAUGCCUUUCAAAUACUUUAGGAGAGUGGUGUAAAAGAAGAAUUAUGUUUGCACAGAUAGUUUUUGUAAAUAUCUGGUUUUUCUCUCAUUUUUUUGUAAAGCUUUAAAUCCUACUAUAAAUGAGCAAUGUGGUAAAGACAAAACUGUGUUGGAGUAGCAAAAAAUAAAGACUUGCAUGCUUGUAAUGCA